AUGGAAAAUUCCUCAGGAGAGCUCAUGUAUGUGCUUCAUGGAUUAAAUGACACAAGGACAAACAAACAUAUUUACUUUGCAUUUGGUGCAAUUGUUUAUAGUAUGACUCUGUUUAUAAAUUUGACACUAACUAUUACAGUCUUCCUUGACAAAUCACUUCAUGAACCUAUGUAUAUAUUUAUAUGUAAUUUAUUCAUUAAUGGAAUACUUGGAGCUUCUGCUUUCUAUCCAAAAAUCCUUGCUGACCUUUUAGCAGAAUAUCAUGUUAUCUCAUAUGCAGGGUACCUCUCACAAGCUUAUAUUAUUUAUUCUUAUGUUUUCUGUGAAUACACGUGUUUAACAGUCAUGUCAUAUGACAGAUACAUAUCCAUUUGUAAGCCUUUGGAGUAUAAUUCCAUUAUGACACUUCAGAAAGUUUUAAAAUUAUUAGUUUUAAUCUGGCUCUGCUCCAUACUAGAGUCCUCCGUAGGGCUGGUGUUCACUGCUCAACUCCGCUUAUGUGGUAAUGUCAUUGACAAGAUUUAUUGUUCUAACUGGGAGAUUGUCAAGCUGUCUUGCACAGAUGUGACCGUCAACAACGUGUAUGCACAUGUUUUAAUAGUAUUUCAUGUAUCUCAAGCUUUGUUCAUCAUUGUGUCAUAUUUUUGCAUUAUCAGAGCUGCUUUAAAGUCCAAGACACAAUGGGCAAAAUUCAUGCAGACAUGCCUUCCCCAUUUAAUUGUACUGACAAAUGUAACUAUUGCUCUGCUCUUUGACUCUAUGUAUGCUCGUUAUGGCAAAAGCCAGGGACUGCAAGCUCUGCGCAACAUACUAGGUAUUGAAUUUCUUGUUGUCCCUCCUCUCCUAAACCCAAUGAUAUAUGGAUUUAAACUAACCCAGAUAAGAAAAGCUCUUGUAAAAGUAUACAGGCAUAGAUUUAAAGCUUUGCUACACAGCUGA